GAUUUGGCUAUGCAAACUCAUUCUGUAACAGUAGCUAUGAAGAUAUUUCCAGCAUGCAAAUGUCAAAGUUACAUUCAUCUGGACCAGGGGCGGACUAACAACUCAUUGGGCCCCCAGGGCAAUAGGGGAUCAUGGGGCCCCUGUGUCCUUGCCCACACUCAAAAAACACCCAUAAAAGCCUAUAAAAAGGUACCAGGGGCAUUUCAUGGGGCCCCCUACUGACCCUAGGCCCUUGGGUAGUGCCCGAGUGCUCGAAUGGUCAGUCCGCCCCUGAUCUGGACUUAUU